UUCUAUUUUUCUCAGCUAUCUUUUAAGCACUAAAAAAGAGGGAGAGAAACUGCUGAUAGAGAAGCGAGAAGGCCAAAUAGAGAGAUAAAGCAUGCUUUGUCGGCCAUUAAAGCUUCAUCUAAGACCUCUCAUCCAUUCCCUUCGAUUUUUUCUUAUGACCCGGAUUUCAUUUCAUUUCAUUUUGUUUUAUCUUUAUAUUUUUAGGUGGGAUCACACAAUAUAAAUUCCUCAUUCAUUGCAUUUUGAGUGUUCUUUUUGCUUCAAAAAGGUUACUAGUUUUAUGGUUAACCUUCACCUUGGAAAAAGAAGAAGCAAAAAAAUACCCAUAUUAUUAAUACGAAGUAUUAUUUUUCCAUAUCUUUUUCUCUUUUUCAGCUCUAAUUUUGCCUUUUUUCCCAUCAAUAUAUGAUCCCCACAAAUCUUGUGAAAAAGCUCAACUUGGGUUUUUGUGUAUGCUAAAUGGGUUGGAAUUGUUACUUUGAUUGUAUUUUCCCUCCUUAUAGAAGCUCUCACUCAUGGUGGUUUUGUUGCCUCUCAUACUUCUUCUUUACAAAUAAUGACCUUAGAGGUAUGCUUGUAGCCUUCUCUUGAUUCUUUCCUGUAUCCAGUUUUUGGGGUUUUGAAGUUUUCGAAAAACCUGAGCUUUAUUGCACCCAUUGUUGCCUGUCAUCUUGUGAUUUUGUUCGUGUGGUUGAAUUCUGUCAUUCUUAAUAAUUUUGUAUCAGGGUUAUGCUAGGCUGCAAUAAGGUAUAGGAAUUGUAAGUUUAUUCAAUAAAGGGGGUUUUAGAAUGCCAAUGCUUUGGGGAUUUGCCAUUAUUGUUAUUGUUGGCCAAGUAAUAUGCUUGUGUGAAGGGCUGAAUUCCGAGGGAUUUUGUCUCCUAGAGCUUAGAAAUGGACUUGAUGAUAAGUACAAUAAUUUGAGUAACUGGAACCAUAGUGAUCAAACACCCUGUAAAUGGAUAGGUGUGACUUGUUCCAACGAUACUUACCAGCCUAUUGUUGUAGUGUCUCUUGAUCUUACAAUGAUGAAUCUUUCGGGUUCGUUGGUACCGAGCAUUGGCUGUUUAACCCAUCUCACUUAUCUUGAUGUUUCUUUCAAUUCCUUGGGUGGGAGUAUACCAAAUGAGCUAGGGAAUUGCUCGUCGUUACAGUCGCUUUCUCUGAAUAAUAAUCAGUUUGAAGGUGUUAUUCCGACUUCAUUGGGUAGUUUGUCUUCUUUGCAAUACCUCAAUCUUUGUAAUAACCUGUUGUCUGGUCCCAUUCCGGAUGAGUUUGGAAACCUGUCGUCGCUGGUUGAAUUUGUGGCAUAUACUAACAGAAUCAGUGGACCAUUGCCUCGGUCGCUCGGGAAUCUCAAGCAGUUGCAAAAGUUUCGUGCUGGGCAAACGUCAAUCAGUGGAAGCUUGCCUGCUGAGAUUGGCAGCUGUGAAAACUUGGAAUAUCUUGGACUGGCACAAAAUCAGCUUCUUGGGAAUAUACCUAAGGAGAUUGGGAAGCUUACUAAGUUGACUGAAGUGAUUCUUUGGGGUAAUCAGCUCUCAGGUACUAUCCCAAAAGAGAUCGGGAACUGUACUAAUCUUGAGACUCUUGCUUUAUACCAGAACAAUCUUGUUGGGGAAAUCCCUGCAGAAAUUGGGAAUCUCAAGUUUCUUAAAAGAUUAUACCUUUACAGGAAUCAGCUGAAUGGAACAAUUCCAAGUGAAAUUGGGAAUCUUUCAUUAGCGACAGAAAUCGAUUUUUCUGAGAAUAUUUUGACAGGGAAGAUUCCAGCUGAUUUUGGAAACAUAAUGAAUCUGUCACUUCUCUAUCUUUUCCAGAACCAUCUUACUGGUUUUAUACCAAAUGAGUUGACGUCUUUAAGAAACUUGUCAAAGCUAGAUCUCUCAAUCAAUGAUCUGACCGGUCCUAUUCCAGUCGGCUUUCAGUACUUAACUCGAAUGAUCCAACUUCAGCUCUUUGAUAAUGCUUUUACUGGCAGCAUUCCCCGAGGGCUUGGGAUAUACAGCCCACUUUGGGUUGUUGAUUUUUCAGAAAAUUUGUUAACAGGAAGGAUCCCACCCUUUCUUUGUCGUCAUUCUAAUUUGAUAUUGUUGAAUCUUGAGUCGAACAAUCUUUAUGGGAACAUUCCAACAGGGGUUUUAAAUUGUCCGUCCUUGGUACAGCUUCGAUUAGUUCGGAAUAAGUUGACCGGGAGCUUUCCUACAGAUUUGUGCAAAUUGAAGAACCUCUCUGCCAUUGAGCUUGGACAGAACAAGUUUAGUGGUCCUAUUCCCCCAGAAGUUGGAAAUUGCGAUAAAUUGCAGCGACUUGAUCUUGCAAACAAUAAUUUUGUCUUGGGCUUGCCGAAAGAGAUUGGUAAGCUGUCUCAGUUAGUCACGUUUAACAUCUCAUCCAAUUUUCUCACAGGGAGAAUCCCUCUUGAUAUUAUUUACUGCAAGAAGCUUCAGCGUCUUGACCUUAGCUUUAAUAGUCUUGAAGGUGUUUUGCCAGCAGAACUGGGGACCCUUUUGCAGCUAGAACUUCUUAUGCUUUCAGAAAAUAAGUUUUCUGGUAACAUUCCUGCUGUACUGGGAAAUCUUACACGUUUAACUGAGUUGCAGAUGGGUGGAAACUCAUUUCUGGGUGAGAUACCAUCGUCUCUGGGAUCUCUUUCAGGUUUGCAGAUUGCUAUGAAUCUUAGCUACAAUAAUCUGUCUGGGGCGAUCCCAGCAGAGCUCGGAAAUCUCAUUCUUUUGGAAUAUCUAUACCUCAAUAACAACCACUUGACUGGUGAAAUUCCAAGCACAUUUGGAAAUCUUUCUAGCUUGUUAGGUGUAAACUUUUCAUAUAAUGAUUUAGCAGGGCGGAUACCUUCAAUAUCUUUGUUCCAGACCAUGGAAGCCAGCAGCUUUCGUGGAAAUAAAGGUCUUUGUGGCCAGCCUCUAGCUGCUGCUUGCAAUGACUCAUCAGCAUUUCAUCCGUUUUGGCCUCAAAACAAUGUUGAAUCUCCCCAAGGGAAAACAAUUACUGUAAUUGCAGCUACUGUAGGUGGUGUUUCACUCAUUCUUAUCGUUGUUAUAUUGUUCUAUAUGCGGCGCCCUGUUGAAACAGUGGCUGCUGUGGAAGAAAACGGUGAUGUUUCCUCAGUCUCAGAUAUUUACUUUCCUCCUAAGGAAGGCUUCACUUUCCAAGAUCUCAUUGUGGCAACAAACAAUUUUCGUGAUAGCUUUGUUAUUGGAAAGGGUGCUUGUGGCACAGUUUACAAGGCAGUAAUGCACACAGGGUUGAUAAUCGCUGUCAAGAAACUAGCUUCUAAUAGGGAGGGAAACAACAUUGAGAACAGCUUCCGAGCAGAGAUUUUGACACUUGGAAAGAUUAGACACAGAAAUAUAGUAAAGCUAUAUGGGUUUUGCUACAACCAGGGUUCCAAUCUGCUGCUGUAUGAGUACAUGUCAAGGGGAAGCCUAGGCGAGGUGCUUCAUGGGUCUUCAUGUAGCUUGGAUUGGCCUACUCGGUUGUCAAUUGCACUUGGUGCUGCUCAAGGAUUAGCUUAUUUGCACCAUGACUGCAAACCGAGGAUCAUUCACCGUGAUAUCAAAUCCAACAAUAUCCUUCUAGAUGAUAAGUUUGAAGCACAUGUUGGUGAUUUUGGCUUGGCAAAGGUUGUUGACAUGCCCCAGUCUAAAUCAGUGUCUGCAGUUGCUGGCUCAUAUGGAUAUAUUGCCCCUGAAUAUGCAUACACUAUGAAGGUUACAGAAAAGUGCGAUAUCUACAGCUAUGGAGUAGUUCUUUUGGAAUUGCUAACUGGAAGAACCCCUGUACAGCCGAUAGAACUGGGAGGCGACCUUGUUAAUUGGGUCAAAAAUUAUAUCCGCGCUAAUUCAUUAACGCCUGGAAUACUUGACGCUCGAUUAAAUCUACAAGACAAAGCGACCAUUGAUCAUAUGUUAACUGUCAUGAAACUGGCUUUACUCUGCACUAACAUGUCCCCUUUCGACCGUCCAUCAAUGAGGGAAGUUGUAUUGAUGUUGAUUGAAUCGAAUCAGCAAAAUGGGAAGUCAGAUUCUCGUUCGUUUCAUGAUGUACCUCUAAUGGAAAACGCAGUUUAAGCACAUACCAAUGAUGCAGUCUUGUGGCUAAUUCUUCUUUCUAAUUAAAAUUGUUAGUAGAGAUAACUAAUUUUCAUGUAUAUCCUAUAUAUAAUUUUUGUAAGGUAAUAUAAUUUUCAGUCCUGAUCAACAUGAGCUUACAGGAGCCAUAGUAUCUUAGAACAAUAGUCUCCCCAUAAAUUAUUUUAUGAUGGCCUUCUGUUGGUCAUCUGAUUAAUAAUCAAAUGCUGGUGCUGCAUAUUAUCUUUUCUUUGAUGUUUUA